AUGUGGACCGAUAUGAUUCAGUGGAGGAAAGAUUUUGGCACUGACAUAAUUAUGGAGGAUUUUGAAUUCAAAGAGUUGAAUGAAGUUUUGAAUUAUUAUCCCCAUGGUUAUCAUGGAGUUGAUAAAGAGGGCAGGCCUGUAUACACUGAGAGACUGGGAAAAGUCGAUCCGAACAAACUUAUGCAGGUUACAACAAUUGACUGUUACAUAAAGUACCAUGUCAGGGAGUUUGAGAAAUGCUUUGCCAUCAAGUUCCCAGCUUGUAAAAUUGCUGCCAAAAGACACAUUGAUUCAAGCACAACGGUUUUGGAUGUCCACGGUGUGGGCUUGAAAAACUUCACUAAGAGUGCAAGGGAACUCAUUAUGCAGCUUCAGAAGAUGGAUGGAGAUAAUUAUCCUGAAAAUACUGUAAAGGGUUUUCUAGAUCCCAGGACCACCACUAAGAUUCCUGUUCUUGGAAAUAAAUACCAGAACAAGUUGCUUGAAGUAAUCGAUUCCAGUGAGUUGCCAGAGUUCUGGUGGAAUGUGUACCUGUGGGGAUCAAGGAGGAUGCCUUCGUUCUGA